GUCGAUAAAUCGAAUCGACAGCCCGCGCUGCUUCGAGAUUUGGGCGGCCGGCGUGGCGCGCAGUGCCCAAGUACUGGUGGUUUAAUAAUUUGUAGUUGAUGAGCCGCGCGUUGGUCAGUGGAGGAGGAGGAGGAGGAAAUACAGGAGGACGAGGACGGGGAGGAGGAGGGGAGGAGGAGGAGGAAGUACAAGAGGUGGACGAUGACGAGGAGGAGGAAAAGGAGGAGGAGGAAGAGGAGGAAGUACAGGACGAGGACGACGACGGGGAGGAGGAGGAGGAGGAGGAGCAGGAGGCGGAAGUACAGGAGGAGGACGAUGACGGGGAGGAGGAGGAGGAAGUACAGGAUGAAGUACAUAAGGAAGACGAUGACAGGGAGGAGGAGGAAGUACAAGAGGAAGACGACCACGGGGACGAGGAAGAGGAGGAGGACGAUGACGACGAGGAGGACGAGGAGGACGAGGAGGACGAGGAGGACGAGGAGGAGGGGGAUGGACACCUGCCACGACGAUGGCGUGCUCCCUGCGAAGCUGCGUCGACAUCGACGAUGGCGUCAGCUGCGAGGUUAGGAGCUUGGGUUCGGUGCCCGAUGGGAAUCUGCAAUGCGCCUGCCACGUUUCAGCGGGCGAUGAAUGUGACUUUUCAGAAUUUCGUCAAUAAGACGCGCCUGACUCAGGGGAUGAUCAACUUCUGUGUCAUUGUGUACAUGGAUGACAUUCUGGUGUACUCGGACACGUUUCACGGACACGCGCAGCACAUCAAAUGGACGUUGGGGGCGCUGAGAGACGCAGGUUUCAAGAUUGCGCUGGAAAAGAGCGAGUUUUUCCUCCCGGAAAUCUCGUUCUUGGGGUAUGUGGUGACACGUGGAGGCCUGCGGCCGGACUCUCGAAAAUUCAUUGCGGUCAAGGAGGCCUCGGUUCCGACCUCAUUGACGCAGGUUCGAGCUUUCCUGGGCCUGGCCUCGUACUACCGGCGGUUCAUCAAGGGGUUCGCGACUAUAGCAAGGCCUCUGACAAACCUGUUGCGAAAAGAACAGCCCCUUCAUUGGGAUGAUGAGUGCAACCAAGCCUUCAGGGCCUUGAAGGAAGCUCUCGUCACGGCCCCGAUUUUGAUCCGGUCGGACACCUCUCGGCAGUUUAUCCUCAUCACUUACUGGCAGUCGGAGGCUAUUUCGGCCAUUCUGGCGCAGAAGGGAAACGAUGGGAAGGAGCAUGUCAUUGAGUAUGCUUCCCUGACGGUGCCAGACGAGCGACGAAACGAUUCCGCGCCACAAGGAGAAUGUUAUGCGGUAGUGUGGGGUAUCCAACACUUCCACCCGUAUUUGUACGGUCAGAAGUUUCUGCUCGUCACCGACCAUGAACCUCUGUUGACUCUGAAGAAGCUAACCAACUACACGGGCAUGAUCGGACGAUGGGCGGUGCGGUUGCAAGAGUAUGAAUUCGACAUUGUUCAUCGAAAAACGGAAAGACACGGCAACGCUGACGGACUGACACGUCUGCACCGACCUGACAAAGUACCAAAAGCGGAAGAGAUCACACCGUGCAAGGACCCGGACAUCAACAACGGUCCAAAGUACGGAGAAGUUGCGGUGAUUCCACGUGGCAAGACGCCGGUGAAGGGCAAUGGGUGACGGAGGUAAUGUCCUGAUUCCCUCUCUUUCUUCCCCAUCCUCUUCUUUAGCCUCCCUUCCUGACAAAUUUUGCUAUUUCUGCGAGGCAAUUUCUCGAGUCUAUUCCGUCCACAUGUGUCCAAAAGGGACGAGAUAUGCUGAAUGGGUAAACUGUCGAACAUGUGUCGCACGUGCUUAUGGUGCGUGCAUACAGUAUUGGAGUAGUGAUAGACCCUGGUUCUGUCCCUUAUGUCGCACUGACAAGAUUCCGACGGAAGCCCGAUUCCUCGAUGCCACGUCGGAAGGCCCCGAUAAAAUCCAGAAGUUUAG